ACUAGAGGAGCAAAGCUCAACAUCUUCAGGCUCAUCCUCUCCUGGUGCACAGAAACAACUGCAGACAUGAAUGUAGGUAUCUGUGUGUGUGUUCUCCUGGCUGCUCUGUCCAGUGGUUCCCUGAGUCUGCCCUCACAGUCUGAGCGACAGAGAGCUGAGGGUGAGGCUCUCAUGUCAGACAGCCUACCUCCACCCUCACCAAACCACACACGCCAGGCCCGCUCAGCUCCAGCGCCCCCCUCGGGGCAGCUCGCCAACUACAACCAGCCCCAGGAGGAAGCAGACGCUCGAAACAGCCUGAGCCAGCUACUGGCCAAACUUAUCUCCAGGAAAGGUUCUCCCUACCAGACCAGAUCCUCCCUCACCAGCAGAGCCAGUGGUCUAGCCCCUGGCCACAGGAUAAAGGACAGAGAUUAUCUUGGCUGGAUGGACUUUGGAAGACGCAGUGCAGAGGAGUAUGAAUACUCCUCCUAAAGGCAUAGCUUGCUUUCUCUGGAAACCUGAGUUACAACCCCCAACACCGCCAAUAAAAAGCUCACAAAAAUAAUGAGCCCUUUUCACACUGCACCUACUGUUACCCAGGGCUGACUUGACUGGAUCCUAGAAUGAAUUUAGCAUCAUAUUAUAAGCAGAGAACAGGAUCAUUUACAAAAAGUGUAUAUCCUGCAAUCUGUGAACCCCAAAUCGCCGCUCCCCACAGUAUGUCAGCAUCAUAUAUAGGCACUAAAUUCAAGGGAUAAGGGAUAAUAAUAUAUAUUGUUGUUAUUGUUGAGAAGUCCUUUGAAAAAAACAAACCCAGCAGUGUGUUUGUCCAUCUCUUAGACUUACUCAGCCUGUCUAUGGCACUCAGCCUCAAACACAUUUGUUUGAAAAAAAUUAGGGACUAUUUUAAGCAGUGGGUCAACACACACAGGUGCUCGACUAAGCAUUUACAGCAACAGGACAUUAUAUGUGAGUUAAACUCAAAAUAAACUACAACAGCAAUGAAGGGACAUUUCACUGAGUGCAACAGUGUGGCUCUUUUUUGGACCGCAGUGGAUCUGUGUGCACAGAUGAAUCCACUGUAUUGUUGGUUUUGGUCUUUUCAAGAGAUGUAAUGACAAUAAGAAAAAUAUUAACAGACCAGAAUAUCACCAGACUUAUCCUUUCAAACCAACAGGGGUCAAAAACAGCUUUCACCAGCGUUAACAGCUCAACAUACAUUCAUUUUUACAUCUGGUGCAAACUGAGCAACAUAAUGUGUUUUUAAAGGAUGUAAUCUCAAUAAACUUUCAAAAUUUGGAAGGUAAAAGAAGAAAUAUUCCAAAACCUAUUCCUUUAAAUAUAAAUGUCAGCCUAAAUCUAUGGAGGGAAACUAGUGUCUUUGGACUCAGAUUUAUUCCACUCAAAGCAGUGAUAAAAUGUCUCAUUUUAUAGACAGUUCAGAAUGUUCUUACAUUGGACCUUAAUGAGUCACUGAGGUGUCUUUGGCAAACUGAACCAAAAAGAGGCAUUUAAGUCUUUAUCUUUGAUUGGUAACUUAAUACACUCAGCAAACUGCAACACAGAGCUUCAAUGUUACACAAGUGCACAGUAAAGCAAAAGAUUUUUUUUCAUCUUAUAUCAUCUGCAAAACCCAGAGUUAUAAGAUGAAGAUAAAAAGUCUUGCAGACGUUAAGAUAACAGUCUCAGUCAGUAACAGCAUCUCUGGUAGAAAAGGGGCUAAAACACAACCACCUUUCCACCUCUAACCUGCUGAAGGUUACCCUGGGCUAAAAAUGUGCAGUGUGAAAAGCACAAGAUAUUUUUUCGAAAGCACAAGGUGUUGCCUACAUGAGAUGCUUGGGAGUCUCCCUAUCAUUGCAUAAUGGACUUUGGUGGCACAUACAUUAAAAAUCAGGAUUACAAGUGCAGAUAUGAAUACAGGUAGUGUGUUUUGUUCUUUUUUUUUGCAAGAUCAUCAUGUAUGUAUGUAUGCUCUCUUUAAGGUUGAAAUCUCUGUAAUAAAUACUAUGUUUCUACCAACUUUCAGAUUCAGUAGAAUUCAAAAUAAAGCUCCUUUCUCUGACGUCAGCAAGAAAUGCAAAUCCAAAUUUGUUUGGGAUAAUGAAUUUGUUGUGUCUGGAGGGUACAGUUGGUGGGGCUGAUCCCAAGCAUUUCAUGUAGCUGCCGUCUGUGUUCAGGAUGGAGCAGCGUCAGAAGCUGAGAAACACUGGACGUCUUUCAUCUGUAUGGGUGUCCAUCCACAUGAGCAUUUGGUGUAACUCACCGGGGGGGAUCCUAGAGUCCACAGAAGCCAGGACAUAAUCAUUACUGUAAUAUAGAUCAGGCUUUCCCAGGAUUAGCACAAAGAAUAAUGAGCCAGUUUCCUGAACAGGAUAUAAAUUUAACUAGGCCUGAUCCUGUCUCAUGACAGUCUCUGAAAAAUUUUUUUGCUCAAUUCUACAACUUAAAAAAGAUUAAUGUCAGCCAUCUGUGUGCGUCCUCAUUAGUGUGAGCAUGUGCACACAGCUCAUUCUAAUGGUCUCCUGUUGUUGACCGAACAGAAGCUGCUGAGCAGCCUGGUAUCUGUCUUCCUGGGGAAAUAAAACUAAAGUUUGAUUCACACAAAGUGAGAGAAGACUUUACUGAUCCACCUUAGAUCAGCUGACUUCAGCUAUGAUAGCAGAUUUUAUGCCUACAGGUGAAUUAAAUCAAAUGCUAAUGAGGAGCAAACACCUGAAUAGCGACCAUCAAGUGACAGUGAAGGAUUGUCUGCCACACAGCUGAACACAAACCUUAAUGCACCCAGUUGUAGAGAAAAUGUAAGAAAAUCAAGCUUUUACUUUGGAAAUACAAAGCAGUGUCUUCAGAAAAUAGAUGAUCAUGUACGAGAUGUAAAUUUGUAAUAAAACAGAUACGAAGCAAUAUAAAUGUAAGUGUAUAUGACUGA